AUGAAGAAAAAGGGAGACCGCAUCUCCUUUACAGAUGACUUCGCAGAGCCAUUAAGCAUGGAUUUUUCGGCAGUCCAAUCGUAUGGAAAGCCACUGAACAGACCCACUCUCACGAUCUCAAAAGAUAUUGGCGGUUUGUUAACGAGAAAAUUGAGGAUUGCAUCCAGUGAGCUAAAAUCGAAGAAACCUAUCACCAAGCCCAUAGAGGAAUCUUUCGAGAGGCCUAGAAUGCCAAUUACCAACACACAACAGCGUACCGUUGCAAACACCACGGCCCCACCAAGCAUUCCACGCGCUGAACCCAAACCUCAGACUGCUCAGCUUUACAGAUCUUUACCACCACUUCCGCCACCACCAACGAAAAACCGACUUUCGGUGGUAUCCCCGGUGUUCUCUGAUAAAAGACAGAGCUACAUGUCCUCGGCAAGUUCCACUCCAGAUCUGGUUUCAUGCUCUACGGAAGAGGAAGCCGAGGGUGAUGAAUCUGCUGGAUCACUGUAUUCGUAUUACCGUGACGAUUCUUCUUUGCAGUCGAAUGAAGGCAGAGCCCUACCCCCUUUGCCUACCAAGAGGUUUAGCCAGCAGGAAGUACGCAAUUACGAUUUUGAGGAGGUUCGCGUUGUUGAUGUAGGAAUGCCUCCCCAAGUGCCUCGCCAUUUGAAUCUUGAUUCCACCAAUGACGAGUAUAUUCGCACCCGUACGGAAGUGACCAGAAAACCAAAACCUGUCGAGCAGCUGGAUACCGCUAUUUUUACCAGAAAGAGUGUUCGCGUGCCCAAAUCGUACGGACCAAUUCCUCGGGCUAACUCUUCAAUUGCCAAUACUGAAAAGCCGCGUACCGCUUCCGAGGAUUACUUGGCAUCUCAUGGUUUGAUUCCUUUCAUGUUAUCGGGGUACCAAGACCAUGGAAGUUUGAAGGUGGUAAACAGGGUUUCUAGCAGUACGUCUACAUUGCGCUGA